CUGGAACCCACCAUGAGCUUGAAGAUCCGCAGACAGAAAACAACACCCCGUCGUUCCCGCACAGGCUGUCGCACCUGCAAAAUCAGACAUAUUAAAUGUGACGAGGCACCUUCAGCAUGUAGGAAUUGCACCUCUACCGGUCGUACGUGCGACGGAUAUGACAUGCCCCUCCCCAUCGUCACGGCGAGGCGGAAAGACUUUCCCAGUAGCGCCACUAUACACAUCAAUCUCAACCUCCCGGGAAUGCGUGUGAGGGAGCGAAGAUAUUUUACAUUUUUUCAGUCGUAUACAGUGCCGAUGGUCGUGGGGUAUUUUCAUUCAGAGGCAUGGGAGAAGAUAGUGCUUCAAUUAGGCCAGACAGAGCCUGCUGUGUGCCACGCCAUCGCUGCACUGGGCGCGCUUCAUGAGUUUACGGAGGACAAUGGGAUGCCAAACGUGGAAUUGGAGAGGAAAAGCUGUCACCGGUACUCGGCGCUCGAUCAGUACAACAGGGCCAUCUCAGCAUUAUAUCAGCGAUUAGGAUCCAAUGACCCACAGUUUCGACUAGUUACACUGGCCUGUUGCAUCGUCUUCAUCUUCUUCGAGUUUCUUCAAGAGAAUUAUGGGGCGGCCUUGACUCACCUCGAUAAUGGACUUCGCAUCCUAGCGAAUCCGAGAGGAACUACCGCUCGCUCUUCCAUCCCCAGAAGUCUCUACGAUCAGGACGCUUCCUCCUUGCCCGAAGAUGCGCUUGUCCGUGCCCUUGCGCGUCUAGAUGUCCAGGCAGCGCACUUUGACUCCUCGAGUAAUCCCUCUCUGUGGCCGGCGGAGGUGCAUAUUUCUGAAAUACAAUCCAAACAUCUUGAGCUAAACAAUAUCCACGAUGCAAAAGAGAAGCUUGACCCCAUAAUAAACAACAUCUUCCGGUUUCGGACAAAAUGCGACAUCAUCCUACGCGACCCAUCAGGAGAUCAUUUUGACUUGUACGUAGAAUAUCAAAACAUGCGUCUAAACCUCUCCGACCAUAUGGCAGCCUUUGAUCGGUUUACCGCCCGUUUCUGUCCCCGAACGGUCAAGGAACACCGCGGUAUAGACUUGAUUCGCCUUCACCAUCUCAUCAUGACACUAUUACUCGACACAAUGCUUAGUCUAUCAGAAAUGGUUUAUGACAAAUACCUACCGCAGAUGACCAAAUGCGUUUAUAUGUGUGAACGCAUCAUCAACAACCUCCAGGCGGAAUAUGGGAAUAGGCCCCCGACUGUCCUAAUGGAUAUGGGAGUGAUCCUGAUACUAUCCUGGUUGGCUAUCAAAUGUCGGGAUUUUAAGAUCAGAUACCGAGCCCUUGACCUUUUACGGACCUGGCCACACCGGGAAGGACCCAAUUUAUCUACAGACUUCUUUUGUUCAUGUCGCGAGGCCAUUGAGAUUGAGAGAGAGGGUAUUGACCGAGCCGGGCUUCUACCGGAGGCUUCGAGGGUGCGGGGUAUCUCGACGCGAAAGUUGGAGGGUCGGAACGCCAUUCUACACUAUACGAUGUCUGAUCCAGAGAAGCAGCGAUUGGAGAUCCGAGAGCGAUUCUUUGUUAUGGAUCCUGGUCCAGUGGCAAAAGAAACAUGAAAAUAUAGUGGCCUUGUGAGUAAUCGCUCCUUUAUGGUGGAGGCCGAAUUAAGUCGUGGGAGUGGGUCUAAUAGUAAUCCUUUAUGAUAUAGAAUAGUAUGUCUUGUGGGUGAAGCGCUGCAGGAUAGAUAGCAUUCCCGUGGACGUCAGAAUUAGAUGGGAUGAAACGCUGACUAAAUAUACCUAGAUUUGGGUAUAUCUAUUUGACGCUGAAUUAGGUAGGGAAAUAUAUGUUCGGAAUGAGAGUCGAGAACUGAUGAUGGGAAUAACAACUAAGGGAAGGCUGAG